GGAAUGUCGUUGAAUGCGCAACCCUUGCGCCUAGGCCCAGUCCUCUGGCUGCUGUGCUGCGGCCUCUCCCAGGUGCUGAGCCAGAUAUGCGAGGCUCAAGGCUGGCGCAGCUUCGAGUGCCGUGAGCUGAGCAGCCUGAAGGAGCUGAAGAACGUUAGGGACUUUCCCAAAGACAGCCUGCACAGGCUGAGCAUUAGAAAUGCGCACACAGAACUGAGCAUGGGCAUAGCUGCCAGCGGGCUAAGUCUCUCGGGGCUAUUGGACUUGGAUCUGUCGCAUGUGCCACAACUGCAGCUGGAGCGACGCGGCUUCUCCUGGCUGCCCCAGCUGGAGCAGCUAAAUAUCAGCGGCUGCGCUCUGGAGCAGCUAUUGGCCGCGCACUUUGCUGCCAACUCAUCGCUGCAGCUGCUCGACGCCAGCCACAAUGAGCUGCCCAGCCUGACAAAGGAACUCUUCGGCAACCUACGCAAACUGAUUUAUGCGAAUUUCUCGCACAAUGCGCUGCAGCAACUCGAGCUGCCCCACAUGCCGCUGCUGCAGCAACUGCAGCUCAGCCACAAUCAGUUGACAAACAUCAGCUUCGCUCCUUGUCCUCAGCUCCAGCAGCUCUGCCUCAACGACAACCAGCUGAGCCAGCUAAAUGCGAGUAGCUUCAGAGGAUUACCCGGAUUACUCGAGCUGCAGCUGGCGGAGAAUGCUCUGAGGACCAUAGGCAAGAACACCUUUCAGCCCUUGGCCAAGCUGCGUGCCCUAAAUCUCUCGCACAAUGAACUGGAUGCACUGCGUCCACAGAUCUUUGGCUCUGGAGUGUUUGCGCUGCAGCAACUAGAUUUAUCCAACAACAACAUACGGCUGCUCUUUGACAACCAGUUCCUAUCGCUGGGCAGACUUCAGGUGCUGGACAUAGCACACAAUAGCAUCGCCAGCCUGAGUGCCGGACAGUUUGCGGGUCUCAGCUCGUUGCGGAAGCUGUAUUUGCAGUCCAACGAUAUUAUAGAGAUCAAGGCGCAUACCUUUGCAGCGCUCGAGGAUCUGGACACGCUCGACUUGUCGCACAACAACGUUGAGUACCUGCACGAGCACGCAUUCGGUAAUCGGACUCUGCCGCACAUGCGUAAACUGAAUCUGAAUGCCAACAGCUUGAAGCAUUUGCAUGCACUGUCCUUCUCCUCGCUGCCCUUUCUGGAGUAUCUGUCGCUGGGCAACAACGAGCUUUCCAGCCUGGAUGUGCGCAUGUUUGCGCCGAUGCGGCGUCUGCAGAAACUGCACUUGGGACACAACGAGCUGACCCACAUUAGCUCAUUGGUGCUGGACAGCUUCAGCAGCGUCUCGGAUUUGCUCAUCGACAACAACAAGCUAACCUUUCUACCGGAUCUGAAUGGUACGCUCGGCAAUCUGAAGCGUAUAGCCAUUGAGGGCAAUCCCUGGCAGUGCGCCUGUUUCACACAGCUGGAACGUUGGCUGCUUUCCCAUCAUGUGACCUAUCUGCGGCAGGGCACCGGCUUCUACGACGGCGAGAAGCCUCUCUGCGUGGUCACAGCAUUCGAAUACUGUGUGCAGACACUGCAGGAGGAUCGCCAUCAAGAUGUGGUGGAUGAGUUUGAGGAGCGACUGAAAAAUGGACGCGAAUUAGAUGUUAGAUCAGAUGAAGACUGACAAGUGUGUGUGUUUGUGUAAUUAGUAAGUUAAUCUGAAAUAAAUAUACUUCGAUGGGGUCCUUGAUGACACCCCUUGAAGGCAAAACACAGCCAGUUGGUGAAGCAGCAUUUCAUUCCAAGA